AUGUGGAAGAAAUUGCCGACAGACAGACGAAAGGUUAGUUAUAAACUUCUAACAUUGCGAGUGUUUGUGUAUUAACCCUGCCCCAUUUCAGUGGACUGCUAUGUGGUUUACAUGGCUAACUUUGUAAGGACCGAGAGUGUAAAUGUUCUCGUCAAACUUUCCAAUUAAAAGUAUUUUAGGUUAUGAAUGUUGAUCUUGAAUCAAGUUGGGACCUCAAGCUGAAUGUCAAUUUUGUAAUAUAAUGUUCAGACUUGUUAUUUUUCCAGAAAGAACUCUAAAAUAUACCUAGGGGAUAGCAUGGCCCAUUAUAAUGUACCAAUUAAUUUACCCUAAAUUUUAAUUAGAAAUAACCUACAUGUGGCGGAUGCAGGUUUUGAGGAAAGGGGGGAAGGGGGGGGGGCAAGGGGUAUUAUCCUCAAAAAAUUAUGAUAGAGGGUGAAAAAAAACUGUCUUUGCAAUCUAGUUUAUAUAAAAAUAGGGGGGAUCAUAAAUACACGAUUGUUCCCUAAUAUAUUUACCCCCUUUUAAAAUAUCAUGCUAUGAUCUUCAUAGGACUGGAAAGAUAAAGCACAGAGCUUGAGGGAAGACCUCGAUAUGGGAAUAGCAGAGAUAAAAAAAUGUCCAACCUGCAGCACCCAGUUCACAAGGGAGAAGGACUUUAAAUACCACCAGAAAGGUUGUCAUGAGUGCAUUUGCGAGGAAUGCAAUGAAUCGUUUGACCAUGAGCAAAAGCUAAAAAGGCAUAAAGACAAGAAACAUAAAGACAGCUACAAGUGUGAUCAUUGUCAAAAGACUUUUGCUGAGAAACGAAAUCUUAUAAGACACCAAAAGUCACAUGUUUAG